AUGGGGCAACUCUUGUCACAUCCUUUAACAGAGAAGACGAUCGCUUAUAAUCAAUAUGACCACAUCUCUGCACAUACACACAAGGCGCAUCUUCUCCAUAGGUCCAAAAAUACAGACAGUAAGGAACCGGAGAGAACGCCGCAAUUUUUUAACUGCGUGGGCUCUAUGCAGGGCUAUCGACUGACUCAAGAGGAUGCACAUCUGGUAGCAAAUUGUGACACAGCGCUGGAUAUCAAAUUUUAUGACCCAUUCAAAGAAUGUGAGGAAAACUUGGUGAUGUCGCUCUUUGGUGUCUUUGAUGGUCAUGGCGGUGGCGAGUGUUCUCAGUAUGUUAGUUCCGAUCACAAUCAUAAUGAAGGUAUCUGCAAAUGGAUUAAACUUGCGUUCGAAUCGCACGAAUAUGGAGCCUUUGGUAGCCACGAAAAAUUGUCUAAAGUGCACAAGCGCAAAUUCAGAACGAUUGAGGGUUUAAUAUGCCAGGUUCUGAAAGAUGCUUUCCUUAUGCAAGACCGCGAACUAUACUGUCAUUUUGCGAACGAAUCGUGUGGCUCCACAGGAAUCCUAGCCGUCAUCAUUAAUGGGGAAAUGCUUUACGUAGCCAAUACAGGCGACUCACGAUGUGUUCUAUCGACGAAAGGUCGAGGCGUCAAGACUCUAUCAUAUGAUCACAAACCGCAGCAUAUUGGAGAGCUGGUACGGAUAAAUGACGAUGGAGGUACCGUUUCUCUCGGUAGAGUGGGCGGUGUUUUAGCGCUCAGUAGGGCAUUCGGCGAUUUCCAGUUCAAGACAAGCGUUUCGUAUACAAAUAGUGCAACUGGGUCAGCUACGCAACGGUAUGUCGCACCAGCGCAGGAAGCGCAAGUCACAGUAGAGCCAGAUGUAUUACCACACCGGAUAUGCUAUGAACGUGAUGAGUUUCUAGUUUUAGCUUGCGAUGGAAUUUGGGAUCUUUACAGCAACAAAAAUUUGGUUCAGUUUAUCAAGUACCAUUUGACAUUGGGUUUAAAGUUCGAUGAAAUUGUUACAAAGUUGCUUGAUCACGGCAUUAGCUCCGCAGAUAGCAAUACUGGAGUUGGUUUCGAUAACAUGACAAUAAUAAUUGUCGCUCUCAAUCAGCAGGGCGAUUCGCUAGCUCAUUGGUAUGGGAAGAUGAAAAUACGAUUAGAAAGGGAAAAAGGUCUAAUAGCAUAA